GAUUGCCGCGGAAUCUCUGGAGAAAUUCAAUGUUAAUCUCUGGAGAGAUUGCACCAGUAUCACCGGAGAGUUUCCUCCAGAAUCUCCGAAAAGAUUCUCUUAGCCAUGGGUAAUGCUGUUUCUGUUUAACAAACAAUUUUUAGCAGUAAUUGACUAUAACGUAUACCGAUGUUUUGAUUGACCAGCUGUUAAACGCUAAUUGGUUUGAUCGAAAAAACAUGCGUGGCGAUUAUUAGUCCAAUUUCCAGUCACGUUUCAUACAAUAGAAUAUUUGGUCUAGGGAAAUUACAAUGUAAGCAUGCAAUCAAUUAAGCUUUUACUCGUAAAAUCCAAUAUCCGACAUGCAAACGGGAUUAGUCUCCAUUCGAAUCUUUACCAGAAUGAAUGUUGUGAUCCUCGUUCGAACGAUGCUCCUAAUACUCCUGCAACCUUCACUGAACCACGCCGUCGUCGACCUGGAAACGGAAAUCACCCUCCAACGGAUUGAGCAGACCACCGGGUUCAGCAUUCUCAAGACGAACCUGCGCGUCACCAAGUUCAACCGGACCUGCGCAGUUAUCAAUGGCACUGUGGAUAUCCUCGCAGAUCUGGACAACAGAUACUCGGUAACUCUAGAAUACGAUCCGGAGAAAUUCCUCUCGUUUUGACCUCACCGUACAGUUUCAGAUGAAGCCGGCCUACAGCCGGAUCGGGAACAACCAGUUCAACGAGUACCCGAUGAAGAUCGCAGAAAAUGCGCUGUGCUGCUACGUCAACGAUACGUAUCGGCUGUUUCAGGAUAUGCUACGGAACACCACUAACCUGCCGAUGGUCGGUCCGGACGGACUGUGUCCGGUGCCAUCCGGGCACUACUGGUUCAAGCAGGUUAAGAAUCUCAUGAACAAUGUACCCCCGAUGGUGCCGGAAGGGUACUGGCGGUUGACGUUUAUUAUUAGCGGGCCGAGGGAUGUCGUUGAGAUACAGGUGUUUGUGAUAUUGUCGAAGGGGUUUUUCGGGGGAUAGUAAUAAAUUGAGGCCGGCUCAUUGUGGAAAAGUUGUACACUGUAAGCGAAGUUAAACAUAACAGAUUCAUAUACCAUGUUCUGUGCCUGUUCACUGAACAGGUACAGAAAAUUGUAUGCGAAUCUGUUAUGUAUAAGCAGUGCUGCUAAAUGUCAUGAAUCUCAAAUGACUAUGACAAUCGAAUCUCACUCAUAUCACGCUCCCCAACAAGAAAUGUCAUCAUUAAAUACGUUUUUGUGACCAUUAUUAGCCAUAUUACCGAUUGAUGAAGACAAUUAAUUUCAUAAAUUUACCAUUAUUUUCUAAUACGAUUUUUUUUUAAUUUUUGGCAUUUUACAAGACUGCUCUUUACUAUUAGUUUGGCAUAAGAGUUUUCAAUAUCAAUUGAAUGCAUCUGACAGAUUGUUCUAAAUUUAACUACAACUAAUUCAACAAGUCAUCCAUAAAAUAAACAUCAACUGAAAGCAAAAUCAAGCAGUUACAAUCAAAACGCAGAAAUACAAAAACAAAAAACGAAAAUCGCAACUUAAUUCGGAAAGGUAUCAAUCACACGACACGGAAGACGGGUGCUAAUUUCGGACGCUGUCGCUUGCAUGACUGACUGCCAUAAUUAUGAGAAGGGGAUGGACGGUGGAUACUUAAUAUGGACAUGUGACCCAUUGGCGUUGCAUGUUUCAAUCUGUGUCGUUGUCGCACUUUAAGUGUAUUAUUAUUAAUUAAAUACGUAGUGGAAAAGCAGCAAUUAGUGUGGGCAUAUGUACGAGUUAACUGCUGACCACGGUAAUUGUUCAUUUAUUAGGUAAUGAAUUUUAACUCUCUAAAGAUUCUGGUGGAAUCUCUCCAGAGAAUGUGGAGGUAUCUCUCCAGAGCUUGUGGAAGAAUCUCUACAGAGAUUCUGGAGGAAUCACUCCAGAGUUUGUAGUGUUAUCUCUCCGGAGAUUCUGAAGGAAUCCCUUCGGUGAUACUGAAGAAAUUACUCCGGAUAUUCUGGAGGAAUCUCUCCAGAGAUUCUGGAGGAAUCUCUCCGGAGAUUCAGAAUGAAUCUUUCUGGAGAUUUUGGAGGAAUCCCUCCGCAGAUUAUGAAGGAAUUUCUCCAGAUAUUCUGAGGGACUCUCUCCGCAGGUUCUGGAGAAAUCUCUCCGCAGAUUCUGGAGGAAUCUCUCCGGAGAUUCUAGAGCAAUCUCUCCGGAGAUUCUUGAAAA